CUCCUCCUCCUCCUCCUCCUCCUCCUCCUCCUCCUCCUCCUCCUGCUCCUCCUGCUCCUCCUCCUCCUCCUGCCCCCCGAGAUGCUACGUGGGCAACUUCGCCUGCGCGGAGGACGGCCUGCUCUUCAACUUCACCAUAGUCCUGUGGGCCGGCCCCCUGUUCGCGGUGCUGUUCCAGAUGUGGUACACCUUAGUGCUGGUGGUGCUGCAGUACCUCAACUGGCCCCUGCUGGGAG